AUGCCUGUAAGAAUAGGAUUCAAAGUCCAAUGCACCGACAAUACAUUGUUCUUAUUUCGACCGGUGUUUGGUAUCAUUGAGCCGAAAGAAACCUUCCGCAUAAAGGUCAGCCGCAAUCCACAUCCAAGAAAAAGAGACAAAAUGAUCCUAUGUACAACUGUUGUGAGUAAUCAUUUUGAAGAACUUUUGUCGCUAAAACAGGUGAGGGCAUAUCACUAG